UUUAUGGCCACGAGGCCGGAGCGAACUUUCCCGAAUGCAAAACGAAAUGUUUAUCUAAACCUGUUCAUGCUUUUAGGUUAUUAGAUAGAUUUUCAGUAGUCUUUUAGUGAUUCCUCUGUAUCAGUUGUUUAAUUUCCACACUUCGGUGGUGAAAUGUUGAAGUAAAACAACACCCGAACAUUUCCGAAUCUUCUCAAUGGCUAAUGCAAGUAUGCGUGCAUCAUCCAUUAAUUAUUGACAUAAAUUUCCACCAGCCGAAAUUACAUUUGGUUUGAGUGCAGUUGUAGAAAGGUUAUGGCCUCUCACCGCCUACCGAGUUUGUUAAGCAAACGAUCUUUGAUCAGAUCAGUACAACUUCAUUCGUUCUCUCUAGCUAACGGAAAAUGCUCCAACGAAAGAAUUCUCACCGGAGAAACGAUGAAUCCAUUCGUGAAACAGAUAGAGUAUGCAGUCAGAGGGGCGAUUGUUGAGCGAGCCUCGGCCUUGGAGAAAGAACUGGCGAAGGGUGCACAGAAACCUUUCAAUGAGGUAAUAAAAGCAAACAUUGGAGAUGCUCAUGCCCUUGGAAUGAAACCACUUACUUUCCCACGACAGGUUAUUGCCAUGUGUGUAUGUCCAGAACUUAUUGAUACAGCUGACUUUCCUUCUGAUGCAAAAGCAAAAGCCAGGAGCAUAUUGAAUGCCACAAAGGGUCACAGUAUGGGUGCAUACUCAGAUUCUCAAGGUCUGGAAGAUAUUCGGAAAAAUGUGGUCAAAUACAUCAGUGAACGUGAUGGUUACCCAUCAGAUCCUUGUCACAUUUACCUCACAAGUGGUGCCAGUGAGGGUAUAAGAUCUAUAUUAAAAUUACUUCAAACAAGUGUCAACACUGGAAAUAACAGGGCUGGUAUUAUGAUUCCGAUACCACAGUAUCCCCUCUAUUCAGCGACAUUGUCUGAGCUGAACUCUUAUCAGAUCAACUAUUACCUUGAUGAAGCCAAUGGAUGGGCACUAGACACUGAAGACAUGAAAAGGGCUUUAAAUGAGGCCAGACCUAAUUGUAUACCACGUGCUUUGUGUGUCAUAAAUCCUGGUAAUCCAACAGGGCAAGUUCUUUCUUAUGACAACAUCAAAGACAUCAUUAAAUUCUGUAAAGAUGAGAAACUUGUUUUACUCGCAGAUGAGGUCUACCAAGCAAAUAUUUAUGGAGAAGGUGCCAAAUUCCACUCCUUCAAAAAGGUCCUUAGAGACUUGGGCCCAGAUUAUGAGGACUUUGAACUGAUUUCAUUCCAUUCAACAUCCAAAGGAUUCCUUGGAGAAUGUGGCUUUAGAGGAGGUUAUAUGGAAAUUACAGGAAUGGAUGAUGAAGUCAGAUUUCAGUUGAAAAAGAUGAUGUCAGCAAAACUUUGUGCUUGUAUCACAGGACAGGCAAUGAUGGACUGCUUAGUUAGUCCGCCUCAACCUGGUGACAUAUCAUAUAACACAUUCAUUGAGGAGAAAAAAGCAGUACUUCAGUCAUUUAAAGACAGGGCUAAACUGGUUGCCGAGACGUUCAACUCAAUGGAGGGUAUUAAAUGUAAUGAAGUUAUGGGUGCCAUGUAUGCCUUCCCUAAUGUGUCAAUCCCUAAGAGGGCACAAGAAGAGGCAAAGUCCAGAGGUAUGCAUCCUGACAGUUUUUAUGCUCUGGAGUUGUUGGAGAAAACAGGACUGUGUGUUGUCCCAGGAAAUGGUUUUGGACAAAGAGAUGGAACAUUCCAUUUCAGGCUGACAAUCUUGCCUCCCAUUGAAGCACUCAAGCCUCUGUUUGAACGUUUUAAAGUCUUCCAUCAAGAGUUUAUGCAAAAAUACAGAGAUUCCAACUCUGCCUUAUAACUCAGUGGGAUUGAGUUACUAGGAUUACUAAAUUUUGUAAUAUAAUUUAUGAUAUGUUAUUUCUUGGAUCUGAAUGGGAAUGUUAUGUAGAAUACUUGACUUUUCUGGUUUAUGUGGAAACAUUAACCUGCAAAAUAAGCCACUUUCAAGAUGUCUAAAGUGUAUCAUUAAAAGGAAGCCAAUUACAUUGCCUUCGAUCUGAGAAUGAAUUUUAUUUCAAGCAAAGAAAACUCAUUUUCAUAAGACUAAGUUCUACUCUUGGCUUUAUUUUGAAAAUGAGGGUAUGAAGAUCACUGAAAUGGCCUGUAACUAGCGUGGGUGACCUUUUUUUACUUGAGAAUUGCAAUUUUGAAGUGUCCAAAGAUCUCAAGAUCGAUAGUACAAGUACUUGUCAAGACUAAAAGUACCAAAUCAAACAUAACUUUUUUUUGUAGUGUUAUUGUAAAUAUAAAGUUGAAAUUAAUAAGGUUGAGGUUUUCCAUUGUGGUGAGAGAAAAUUAUUCUCAAAGUUUCCAAUUAGUGUUUGUGUCACAGUGAGGUCAGCUAUGACAAACAGUAGAUCCCAACAUUUCAUCAGCAUACUGGUAACUUAUCGCACAUGACAGUUAUCAUUGUUCAGUUGAAAUGCCAUGAUCUACCAUCUGGCCACGGUGUGAUAAGAAACAUUGAUACCUCAUAAACUAUUAUGUGUUGCAAGCACAUUUUGUUACCAUCAACAUCGAACACUUGAAAUAUUUAUUGUGUGUGCAUUACAAUUAAGAUUAAAGCAUUAGUUUAAUUUAUUAUAUUUAUGAAUUAAAAAGUUAUUCACCAGAUGUACAUCAGAUCAAUGCAGUGAAAUUCAAGAGACAAGGUUCAGUGCAUCUUUAGAUGUUUGUUAAAUCAAAUUUCUUUUCACUUGGUUGCUUAACUCUUGGGUAACCUUCAACUCCCAUAAGUGACCAAGACAGAAUUUUCCCUUUACAACAUCAAUGUAAUAGCAGGCAGACAAGUGAUGAGAAUUGAAAAAAGUGUCAAUUAGGGGAUUAUUAAUUGUUUCAAUACCAAAUUCUCCAAACUGACCUAACUAAUAAUUGUAUGGCAGACAGUAGAGAGAAUUACAAAUGAGAUUUGGGAACAAAUAUUUGUUCCCCUCACAGUAAUAGGUGUUUCUUUUGAACACCUCCACCUGUCUUGACAUGAAAUGGCUCAAUACUUUCCUUUAAAACUUCAAUCAGCUUUUGAGACCCCCUCCUUGUAAGAGAGGUGGCAGUGACCCUGCUUGCAAUUCGUGUAGUUGUUCUCUAUAAAAGUAUAUUUUGUAUCAGUGAUUUUUUUUUGGCACAACAUGAAUGACCAUAACUAUCAGCUUAUUUUGUGAGGUUUCCAUGACACAACAGCUUUCGCGUAAGAAGUAAACAGCAUGCUUCCCCAUAAUUUUUACCUCUUUUUAAAUAGGUGAGGAAAUUAAACAGCAGUUUGCUUCA